CUAGGAUUCCUUCUCGAAGGAGAACCCACGCAUCAGAGGGUAUAGCGUACUUUUCGAUAAAAACAACAUGAUGUCUGAGUGUCCUGCAAGCAAGGACUCGCUCGUUUCUGGCUGUGAUAUGGCUUCGAACACGAGCAUGCGGCCGCUAGGUGGGGCAUUUUCGCCGAUUAGCGCGUCGUCACCGGUCGAUGGAGAGGACGGAGAUGGGCGGUUGGCAAUUCACAGGCACGGUUCAGAAAGCACUUCUGUGCAAGUCGAGAUUGACGAUGAUGAAAACUAUGUCUCGAACGAGCCUGAAGAAAUAUUCGGAGGGAACGCCGCACCACCUGUAGGUGAAACAUCUACAACAACGAGCCAAAUUUAUGCCAGCAACAAGUUGUUUUACUCUUUUCCCGAUGAGGUGGCCGAUGAUCAAGAUGAUCGUGACGGAGACGCGAAAAAUGCGACUGCGAACAAGACAGCUGAAGAAGAUUUGGCAGCGAUUUCGGCAGCGUCUAUGAGUGAGUAUUUCGGCAACAAAAGUAACUCGAUGGUGGUGAACAGCUCACUUGUCGAUCAGAAGCUGCUUGCUUCCAACUUCGCUGAACAAGACAUGUCUAGAAGUAACAUCGGACACCAAGACCAAUUUUACCGGCAGGAACAAAAUUUGGAGCCGUUCAAUGCAACUGCCCAACUGGAUACUAGUACAAAUCAUUUUAUUUCGGCUCUGUCUGCAGCCGACGUAGACGCAGAUGCCACUGCGAUAUCGCUGGUUCGAAAAAUCGCAGCGAUUCCUGGCUCCGAGGCACCGACGCCGGCCGCUGAUGGCAAGAGAAAGCCCGUUGUAAACUCAUCGGGCGGAGUGCGCCACCUGACUGCAUCAGGCGGUAAAACUGGUCAAACUAGUGGCCAAGCAUCUUCUAAGAAAGGAUCCACCGCUACAACGCGAGUUCCAGGCUCGACAGCGACAUCCAAAUCCUGGAGCAAUGCUACAGGUUGCAUGCAAGGUGGUGCUUCUUCGUCCAAGAUUAGGACCGGAGCGCCCAGUUCAUUUCAGGGACGAUUUUCGGCACCAGGAGUGACGGCGAGUAAAACGUCUGCGGCAUCACUAUCGGGGCGGAGAGGGUUUGAGCCUCCCAGUCGCAAAGCGUCGUCAUCGGCAUCUACAACUGUGCGCACGAAGUCCGCCGCUACUAAUAUUCUAGACCGAGGGGGCUCGCGCUCGUCCGUCGGUUCCCGAACUGUGUCGCAACAAGCGGUUUCCGUCGGUCGGCAACGGGCUGCGUCGAUGGGAUCCACUGCAGUCUUAACAAAAGAGUUGCGAUCCACGAGUAUCGGUACUUCUAGCAGUACACAGAAGAAAACGAAGAGUAACGCAACAAUAAACAAUGCGAGCACGUCCGAACCGGAGACAUUGGAUCCCUUGGCCUCGGAUGCAUCUGCAAUCAAGAAGCAGAGUGCCAGUGAUAGCACCAGGAGAACGAAAUCGAGUUCGUCUAGGACGAACAGUCGGGGAGCAGGAGUCGCCCCCAUAGGAAGUAGCACGACGAGCACGGAGGCGGACUCUGAUGCUGCUCGUGCUGCAAGCCUAGAGGGCGUUUUGGGACCUCUAGUACUCCGCGACUGCUCCAUAGGACAGUACAUCAGCCAAAUCGACACAGAGUUUUCGCAGAUGCGGAGCAUGCUCGCACUUGAGGAGGAAAGCUUCGAGUUGUGGCUGGAGGAAUCAAACCGCGAAGUCAAACUGCUCGAGUUAUGGCAAACAGUAUUUCAUGCAGCGUGACAUUGCGAGGAGGGAGAGUCAGGAAAGAAAAGUAUGCUAUACGCUGAUUCUGAUAUUGGAAAAGUAGAGUGUAACAGACUUCAAUUUUCAGGUUUGGUUUCGUUCCGCAGUCAAAGUUUUACUGGUAUCUGUUUCCCCGUGUCCUUCCUCGGAGACUUACGAUGAAUUCGUCCUUUUACUUUCUAAGAAUGUCGGACCUUCAAGAGAAAACGGAGGUAUUGCGCGCUGAGGAGGAGAGGUUUACGAAAGUGAAGCACGUACGAGAUGAGCAAACGGAAGCCAUGCGAUCGCUACUGUUGCGGUAUGAACGCGUGAAAACCGAAGUGGAGCGUCUCGAAAUGCGAUCCGAAGUUUUGGAUGCAGAAUAUAAAGAAGUUCAUCGGGAAAGCGUCUACAAGCAAAGUAAGCGUGCACUUCUGAAGCGGGAAGUCUCCGGCAGAGAGUAGGACGACAGGUCACUUGAUAAGUAGAUAGUUUGACAAAGAAUGAAAUUCACAGCUUUCUGCUGACAUGCUCCUACUUUCUUCUUCCUGAUUUUCGUUUGUCUAGCAAAACAUAAUUGAGUUGUUCAAAAAUCCCAAAAUAAAGGUUACUAGCACAAUUUAGAUGAAUUAGGUACUGACUCACAUAGAGAUAGAACUUGGUACUCGUCGUUUCUUUCAUCCUCUGGCGGCGCGGCGAGCUCGUGAUGAGGAGCAAGACCGUAUAUGCACGGUGGUGAAAGCCGAACUAGAGCGUUUUGUAGCGCUUCGGGAAGAAGCUGAGCGGGAUUGGGCUGCCAAGAAGGCGCGACUCGGUGCCGAGCUCUCAGGAGUUGAGUUAUCCAUUCGCGAUGCUGAAAUGGAGCUCGAGGUCAACGUGCGGGAGAAGUCGCGACAAGCAGAUGAUGCCUUUGCUGACCGCAAAAGAGAGAUAGCCACCGAAGCGAAGCAGGCAAAAAUGGAGAAGGGCAAUCUGAUAAAAAACCUCCUUGCAGAAACGGAGAAAAACAAGCAACUACAAAUAGAAUGCAGAUAGCACCGGAUCGCUUUUCUUUAUUGAAAGGUAGAACACGGCGUGGACCCAGUGGUGCUACUUCGAAGUAUUGAUGGCAGCAUGAGCAAUCGUGAAAAUUGUCGGAUGGAUCAUUGUCACCCAGCAAAUACUUAGUGUAAAAGGGGGAAACAAGUGGAAGCUCUUCGCGCGUAGAUCUUUUUGUUUUUUUGUUCAAAAGUCAGUUGGGUAUGCUGGGAUUAGUAUAUGCGGGGAGUAUAAGACAUUGCCGACGAAUAUGGGGUUCGCUAAGUACUUAGUGUGUUAUAUUCCAUCCCGAUAAAAAACAAGCCAUUUCCUCUAGUACAAAAUGACUUACAACAGCCCACCAUUACAAGGUCUGAGAUUCGUGCUAGUCAGUAUAGGACAUUAAGUGUGUCAUCAUGCGCUAGCGCUGGUACAUACUUUCACGUGAAGUAUUCUGACAUGCGAGGGAAAAGAUGGUGGGACUGAGAUGGUGAUUGUAAUCAGAUUUUUUUCUGCUUUCCUCGAUCAUCUGCAUCAUGCCAAAAGUGAAAAUCUCUUAGCAGAGUGUGUCACGACUGAUACAAGAGGC